GAAAACAACAUAACCCCAUUUUUCGUUGCAACAAGUACUUUCACAACUCCCGAAUAAACUCAACAAUUUCCAAGUUUUUUCGUGAAAUUCCAGUGAAAUACAAUUUUCAAGUGCUUUUCAAGAUCAUUCGGAGUAGUUUAAAAUUUACGUGGUAAAAUUAAGUUACUUUCUCGUCCAGAAGUGCUUUAAAAGUGUGACGAAGCGAUCCGACAGGAAUUACACCGAAAUAAUAAUAAACACAUAUUUUAUAAAAUUCUGUAUUAAAGGAGAUUCCGCAAGGACAAUGUAGAUAUAUGAAAUAUAUUCUUGUAAAAAUUUCUAAAUUUAUGAAUUGAUUGUUGCGUUAAACUCUACCGUGAAGAGAAAAGACUCAAAAACAGCUUGAUCUUGGAAAAAUCACAAUUUCAAUGUGAACUAUGAAAAGGAAGAAUUUAAAAAUCUCUUGUCAUUCAAAGAUUAUAAUUUCAAUCAUGAAUUAUGAAGAGGAAGGAUGCGACAGAUGCAAUUUCAAGCUUAAAUUAUGAGAAGCGGACGUUCAAAAGCUACAGUUUUGACAGUUAUAAUUUUGACUUUAAAUUGUUAACAAGAAUUUUUAUAUGUAUAUUUCUAUUUUGAAAGGUACAGUAUCAACCGCAACAAAUUAUGGAAGUCAAAACUUGCUUACUACAACUAAUUUAAUUAUGAAGAGGAAGAAGAAUACACGUCACAGCAUCUCUCUUAGGCUAAAACUACGAGAAUGAAGGAUACAGGACUAUUUGACCCCUUCGAAAUGUACAUCUUUACUUUUGAAUUAUGAAGCUAUAGGUUUUCUACGAUAGCACAAAUAUACUACAUCUUUGGUUAAAACUAUGAGGAUAAAGGAUACAAAGACUAUUUGACCUUCAAAAUGUAUAUCUUUAAUUUUGAAUCAUGAAGCUAUAGAUUCUCUUUAUUUUUGAGAGUUACGAUAUCACAAAUAUGCCACAUCCUUGCGUCGUUUGCGGCCGUUCACGCAUGAACCCCAACAAUCGCGAAGAGGAGUACAUGUUCUUCGGCUUUCCAGUGAACGACGAGACCCGGUGUCGCUACUGGCUGGAGUUCUGCGGCCGCGAGGACCUUUACAAGCUCACGAAAAAGCAGCUUCUUCAGCGUAUGGUCUGCUCCAAGCAUUUCCAGCCCCAAGACUUCCUCAACGAAUACCUGGACCGCUUAAAUCCAACCGCGGUACCAUCAGUUUACGACCCUAAGCAGAGCUUGUACAACAUCCAGUGCGUUCUUUGCGGAAGAACGCGAAGGGAUCCACCUGCCGCGGAUUACGACGGAACGACCUUCCACCAUUUUCCUGGAGAAGAGUUCCGCUGCCUUAAGUGGCUGGAUUUCGUCGGCGUGGACUCCUAUUACAGACUGACCAGGAAGGAGAUCCUCUUCUGCUACAUCUGUUCCAAGCAUUUCGAUCUUUCCCAGUUCGUUUCGGGGUUCAAGGGAAGAUUGAGGGAGAAUGCUAUUCCUCAGUUUCGCGAUGCGGACCAACCGGACCGAUCAGAGUCGUCCGUCGACGACUCGCAGGCCGAGUUGAAGCUCUUCAACUUCCCGGACAAGUGCAAGAAGUCGGAACCGCUGCCCACUGAAGUGUUGGAGAGCCAGGCUUGCGCGGCUUGCGGUCGCAUGAGGUCCGAUCCGAGGAAUAAACUCGAACACUACAAGUUUCAUCCUUUCCCGGCGUACGAGAUAGGCCGCUGUUUGCGCUGGUGCCAGUUUUUGGGCCGCGAGGACCUGCUCAAGAUGUCCCCCAAUCAGAUACGCAAGCUCGUGCUCUGCUCCAAGCACUUUCAGGCUAAGCAGAGCUUCCACAAGGUCGGUCCGUGCGACGCGGUGCCCACGAUCAAGGACGUCUCGGAAUGUGAGGACGUCUUCGAGCAAAACGAGGAUGAGCAGUACCUCGGGGAGGACAACAAGGAUCCCUCCAAGGUCCUCAACAAGCGCCAGCAGGCCUCCAGACCACUGGUCUCCAGCAAGAAGCCCAAGGUGGCCAACAAACCGACGCCGCUGGCGAAGAAACGGGGAAAAUCUCGAAGACCGACCUCUAUCAACAUUCCCAGACUUGAUCCUAACAGUGUGGAGAACCAAAUGAGCAAGAAACUGCCUCUCCCGCCUACAACCAACUGGAAGAUCCAGUUAGGGGAUCAGUUUCAACCGAUCACGAUCAACAAUGUCGUUUCCAAUAACGUUGCGGGUAAUCUUCAGGGAGGAAUAAAGAAGAUUAUAGUGCCGUUUGCGGGGGAUAUCUCGACCCUUGGUGCUCCAAUACCAGUUCACAGCUUGUCGAGCAUCCCUCCGGGUCUGCUGAUCAAGAUCAAUCUGCCAGAGCAGGAACAACAGCAGGAAGAGCUUCAGAAAGCUCAGAAGAAACAAGGCAAGGCGAAAAGCUUGACGAGUAGUUCGAGUGGACAGCAGCAACAAAUUUGGGGGAAAAAGAACAAUCAAAGCUCUAGUGUCUUGCAAAAAAAGAAGCAAAGCAUGGAUAAAAGUUUAAUGGAUAUUCUGUCGAUGUCCGCAGAAUCUACUGGAGAGAUUUUAGAUGCUAAUAAAGAAGAAGAAGAAGAAGUAGACGAAGGGAUACUUCUUCCGCAUUUGAAGAUUUUUGAGAACCAAGAUGGAGUGCUGGUAAAAAAGGAACAGUAUUUUGAAGAAUUGGAGGACUUGAACAAAGAUAUGACGAAGAAGAAUCUGACAAGGAAAAAGGCAAAACGACUGAGGAAAAUGACAGGAACCAUGAGAAGGACUAUGUUUCCCAUCAGAAGUGAGAUUAGACAUGUCUUCAGAAAAAUAGCGCCACUAGUGCGUCGAUUACCGACCCGGGCCAGAGCGACGUUAAAACUGUCAAUUGUCAAUAUGGUGAUUGAUCAACUGUGAAGCUGUAAAAUGUAUAUUAUGCAGGGAGUCCUAUAAGAAAUUGCUAAAACUAA